AGGCAGAGCGGCGCGCCCCCCGCGACGCCCGAGCCCGAGCGCAGCGGCAUCCGAGCGGGAACCGGAGCGGGAGCGGGAGCGGAGCCAGAGCGGGAACCCGAGCUGGAGCCGAAGCUGGAGCCGGCAGUGCGGCGCACGGAUCGGAGCGAGGCAGCCAAGCCGAGUGAGCGGAGGGUCCUUCCCUGCGAGAAGUCAGAGCUGUGCACCUGGGCAGGCUGGCUCCGCUCUUCUGCUCCAAGGAUUACAUGUCCUUCAAACGCCCCUGCCCCUCUCGAUACAACCGCACCAGCUACUUCUACCCCACGUUCUCAGAGAGCUCAGAGCACAGCCAUCUGCUGGUGUCUCCCGUGCUGGUGGCGAGUGCCGUCAUAGGUGUGGUCAUCAUCCUCUCCUGCAUCACCAUCAUCGUGGGCAGCAUCCGCAGGGACAGGCAAGCCCGGCUCCAGCGGCACCGCCACCGCCCUCGCCGCCGCCACCACCACCACCACCGUCGCCGCCGCCGCCGCCGCCAUCGAGAGUCCGAGCACGGCUACGUGUCUGACGGACACGUGUACAGCCGCUCAAGCCACAGACUGCGCUACGCCUGCAGCCCUGCCGAGGACUGGCCUCCACCCUUGGACCUCAGCUCUGAUGGGGACGUGGAUGCCACGGUGCUCCGAGAGCUGUACCCAGAUUCCCCACCAGGUUACGAGGAGUGUGUGGGGCCGGGGGCCACGCAGCUGUACAUCCCCACGGACGCCCCGCCCCCCUACUCGCUGACCGACUCCUGCCCCGCGCUGGACGGCGCCCUGGACGCAGGCAGUGGCCGCAGCCCCGGCCGACACCAGCAGAGGCCGCAGGGCCCGAGCGGCCUCCGCACCGUCUCCAUGGACACCCUGCCCCCUUACGAGGCCGUGUGUGGACCCAGCCCCCCAUCGGGCCUGCUGCCUCUGCCGGGGCCAGAACCCGGCCCAAGAGGCUCCCAUGGCUCCCCUGCGCCAACCCGGGCCCCGGCCUCGGGCCCAGAGAGGAUCCUGUGAGGGACCCAGUGGUCAGGUCCUGCUGGCCCCUCGGGGCUGAGCCACAUCUUUCAGGCACACAGGGGCACACACAUGCGCACACAUGCACGCACACACAGACAAACACACAUGGCACCCCCACACGCACCCAUAUAUACACAACUUGGACACACACACUGACACACUGUGGGCACACACACAUCCAGACGUGCCCCACACGUGUGCAGACACGUGCGCACACACGGCCCCCCUCACCUACACGAUCCCAUCGGCGAAGGUUUCAUUACCGAUGACGCUCUCCCACCUCCAGCCUCCUCCCCAGCCCGCAGACGAAGCUGGGAGCAGAGAGGUGGAGGAGGGACCAGGGCUCACUCGGCGCCGCCUCCCCCCCCCCACCUGUCUGCCCUGCCCCCACCUGGCAGGCUGUGCCCAAACUCGGAUUCUGCCUCCAGUGACUGCUCGACCAUCCAGGUCAGCUGCCAGGCUCGACCCCAGCCCAGGGCAGCUGGACCUCCUGGUUGGCGGGACGGGUCUCAGUGAGGUUCAGCAACGCGCUGUCCCUCUCUCUCAAUUCCAGGGCAGAAGAGCUACAUCACCACCCUGCCACUUACAGGGUGAGGGACAGGGGUCUGUGGGCUCAGGCACAACCUGGAGAUCCUUGCAGCCCUCCCUGCCCACCCCUAGCCCCAUGCCCUCAGUCUGGUGGUGCUAGCGGCGUUAACUCAGAAGCCCUCACCCCAGGCACAGGUGAUGGACAGGGCCCUUGGCAGGCAUGCAGCGGUGGUGGUGGGUUAUAGCUGUGCCCGAGUCCGUCUAGCCGCUGCCCAGGACCAAGGGUUUUCAAAGAAGAGGGAGGGCUGCCUGGGUCUGGCUCCAAGGCAGAGCAGUGGCCCCUUGCUAAGUACAUGCUCAGCUAACCAUUAUGGCCUAAGCUUGAGGGGGCUGAAGCCCUACCCCUGAAGCCAGUGCUGUCCUCCUGGGGAGUGGCUCAUAGUUGGGAAUGGUGAGCCAACAUGCUCUGGCCCUGCUGUCCGUGGUGUUUGUGGAGACAAGAUAUAGGGGACGUGGGCCCCAGCGUGCCACUGCGAGAGGACCAGUGCACCUCGGCCUUGCUGCUGGGGUACCACAGAAGGGAAUACGAGGGCUGGGUUUUUAGAAAGGCUCAGAUCUCGGGCCCUGAAUCCCAGCAAUUUCCAUCAGAGACCACGCAGGUAGCAGAGCCAACUCCUAAACACCUAGCCUGCCAGAGGUUGGCAGCCGAGCGAGCAUCUGUGGCAAGCAUCCCCGCCAGCAUCACCAGCGGCAGAGAGUUCUCAAACCCACCCCGCCUCCCUCCCCACCCCUCGCCCUGCAACAGCACCCCAGCCAUCCCCUCCCCCACAUUCCAAUUCCUCCAACAAAGGGCUAAGACAAUUUAGUAAUCCCUUUCUUAAGAAGAAGGGUGGCAAGGAAGGCAAUCGUGAAUUUUAUUUUCUGUAGAAAUAGAAUUUCUUCUGGUGCAGAACUGAAAGGAAUCCAUCCAGAGGUUCUGUAGCAUCUGGAGCCCCUGAGUCCACCCCGGGGGAGGAACCUUGUUUACAAGCAGUUCUGUCCACCUUUGUGGUAUACUGUUUUCUAGGCAAAAAAUAUCUGUCUGUUGUACUGUAUAGCCUUUACAACGCACUCCAGGGAUGAGGGUCUUUUCAGAAACGCCUCCUGCUUCUGCAACCCUAGAGACUGCCCCGGGGAAAAAGAUAAAAAUCCCCACAUGCUCAUCAGUGUUUGAGGGAUAGAGCUGAACAGCUUUUCUUGUUCCUGGAUUAAGCGCUAAAUAAGCAACAAUGUAUCUUUUCUGUGUUCAAAAUAAAAAUAUCAAUAAAAAACGUUGCAAGAGGUAUGGAUCAAGGAUGGUGGGGAGGGGCUGGCACCAUCUGAAACUUGAAACAGUAAACAGCAGCAAGCUGAAAAUAUGUUCCUUCUCCCCAAAUUAGCACAGCCAUUGAGGCCUUGUCAUCUUCCUAUUGAAGAGGCUAUUGGGGUUGUCCCUGACUCACCCGAGUUAAUCUUUUAACCUCUCUGAAACUCAGCAUCUUUUCUCCCAGAUUUGGCCCUAAACCUCUGGACUCGACUCCAGCAACACCAAGGAUUGCACAUCUCACUUGGACAGCAGUUGGCUCUCCGCACCCAGAUGGCUUUGACUACCAGGAAGCAGGGGACAGGGGAUGUAAUCAGGAUGAAAGAAGUUGUUUUCUCCCCUUCUGCAGAAAUUCUCUUCCUGUCUGUGCUUGCCAUAAGACCUUGGCUUUGGUCGUUGAUCCCUUGGCCAACAGAGGCUGGUUCCCUCCCUCUGCCACUGUUCCCUCCCACAGGAACUCAAGUAGAGCCCACUAGCGCAGUCCUAAACUCCCGAGUGCCCUGACAGCGGGAUGCAAGCCUAAGGAAGGUACAGCCCACUCCCAGGUCCCAACAGUGCUGCGCCCAAGCAUCUCCACGCCAGGCCCACACUGCCACCUGCUGGCUGCCUGCCACCACUGUUCAGAGCAAAUGAACCCCACGGAUGAGCAGACUCCCUUCUCCCACUUUCAGACACUGACACUCACAGCUGUAGACAGAACCUUUUUAGGUCCUGGGCCUCUCUGUCUCCCUUGGAUGCUCCAUAGGUUGAAAGCAUUCAGGCGUUCCAUUUCUGGGAGUGACUUCUGCCCUCCAUCAUCUCUCCUUGGGCACAGCCAGAUAGCCAAGCCCCCGUCGCUGUAUGCAAAACAGUCACUCCUCUGUUCUUCUAAGCACCACUGUGCCUGGCUCAGGUGCCACCCCCAUGCUGCAAGGCCCCUGCUCCUGGGAAUGGAUGGAGCAGCCUUCAUGGCGAUAGUGCCCAGCCACCUGCUGACCCCAACCUGAACCACCGCACCCCGACAUCCAGUUCCAACACCACACUUAGGAUCCCACUGGCCCAGGGGGACUGUUGGGCUCGGUAUUUACUGCCUCUUCCAUCUCCAACAUGCCUUGUGUCCACUGCGACAUGCAAUGGCCUGUCCACCUAUAAAGCCACAUCCACAGUCUUUGUGCACAUUGCUACACAGAGACCUGUGCACACUCCCACAUGGAGACUGGCCACCUCUCUCCACCAGGGGCUGGAGGGGCUGGACCAAGGGGGGGCUCGCUGGACAGCAAGGCCAUGAAGGCCCCAAGGAGACAGGACCUGAAGGCAAAUUCCCAGGACAAUGGGAGCGGGGCAGGAGGUGGGGGGCAGGACCAGACCCUGGGAUAGGAUGUGGGUACAAGGGGUUAAUGGGGGAGGAGACCCCAGGAGCACUACCAGGGAGGGGGCAGUGAAACCAGGAAGGGAGGAAGCGUGUGCAGCAUGUCAUCAAACAGGUUGCCGCCACGGGCAACUCCACGAGAACGAGCAGAGCACACCUCUGUUAACCGCCUGAGGGAGAUGGAUCACUCACACAGCGGCUCUCACACUCAAAGGUCAUUGAGGCUGUUCCCCAGAGAAUGUUAAUCCCUGCCCUUUGUGCACCAAGUGGGCUCUUCUAGCCAAAUAAAGUCUUCAGACAGGGGCGCUGCAGCUGCUGGCUGAUGAGGCCACUGCCACGGGCCGGGCACGUUCCAAGGCCUGUGGACAGAGCGCCCAUGGCAUCCGCCACAUGUGAGCAGCAGGAAUCACCCGAGAGGAGGAGGGAAGGUGGCUACAAAGCCCGGUUCCAGUCCUGGGGGCCCCUGUGACCUUGGGCCAGACCCUUCCCUUCUCUGGGCCUCAGAACAUCCCCCAUCAGCCCACCCUAAGCCAAAGCAGCCCCUGCAAAUCUCCAGCAUCCUCUAUCCUCCUUCUGCCCCUGCCUUAUCCCCAAAGCAAGUCACUCUGGCAGGCAGAGAAAGCAGGCUCUCACCAAGCCAGCCACUCCCUGAGGGCCCAGGAAGUGUGACUAACGAGAUAGUUCAAGAGACUGCAGUGGCCCCAAGUGGAGGAGGCAGGCCCUGGAGCAGCCGGGCUGACCGGUGCACAAGACGCCACAGAAGGGAAUGGAUCCAGGCACCCUGCCAGCGUUCCCCCAUGAUCCUGGGCAACCCUGGAGAGACAGGGACGGAAGGCAGUUCGCAGUCACGAUGGGCUUCCCAGCAGCUGAGGACUAGGGUGUCCAGAAGGAGUGAAGCGGUUAAGUCAACAAGUAACCAAAAGAGGAGUUCCCGUAAUGGCUUAGUGGUUAACGAAACCAACUAGCAUCCAUGAGGACACGGGUUCAAUCCCUGGC